AUGAAGGCAAGGCGUCUGAUCCAAUCUUGUAUUUUCUUCCAUACGGUUCGUUACAGAUUCUUUCAUAAGAUUGGAGGAUAUUUGGGAUUUUGGGUUCUGAAGCAAUUCUUCAAACUUUGGCCAAUUAGCUACUCAAAUAAGAUGCACUUCCGGCCAUCAUCAUACCAUAAUGCAGAUUUUGAUCUUGUUUUUACAUCCGAAUGGACUGCAAGACAUUCAUCCAGUUGGUUGAAGAGAAAAAGCAGCGAGUUUUGGCCAAAAAAGAAGCCCCUUUGAAAUGGCAGCAGAAGCUGGAAGCUGCCAUUGAAGCAAACGAAAAAAAAUCGAAGAUUUCAAAGCAUAAAAGAAGAUCAUCUGAAACUGAUGGUGACACUGAAAGUGAUGAUGUCAGAAAGUCAAGAAGAAAGAGUCAACACAAGAAACAUAAGAGAGAUAAGAAAGAUAAGAGAUCAAAACGAAAACUUAAAAGGAGAUCUUCUAGCUCGAGUGAUGAAAGUGAAAGUGAAUCUGAAAGUGAAAUAGAGGAAAGAAGGAAGAGAAGGCACUCGAAACAUCAUCAUCAAUAUCAUCAUCAUCACCAUCAUCAUGAUAAUAAAAGACAUAGGCGAAUGGAAUCUAGUGAUUCGGAUUCUUCUAGCUUUGAUGAUGAUGAUGUUAAAAGACAUGAAAGGAAGCACCAUAAGCAUCAUCAUCAUAGGAGAUCAAAUAGCCGUGAAUUGAAGUCAUCUGAUGAUAACAAGGAUCAUCAUCAUCAUCAUGGUCAUCAUCAUAGGAGAUCACAUAGCCGUGAAUUGAAGUCAUCUGAUGAUAACAAGGAUCCUCAUGGCCAUGAUUGUAAAGAUGAUUUGAAUGAAGGAUAUGAUGGGAAUAACAAGCACAGGAAUGGAAUUGAGGUGAAUGGAGGGAAUCUGAAUGCUGAAACUGAAAGUGAUGGAAUUGAAGAGGGACAAAUUGUGUAGGUUUUGUUUAGGGGCAUUAUUUGAAAUGAACAUGUUGUGUUUGGAUGCUUUUUAGUUUUUAUUCUAUUCCUCUAACUCAAAACUCUUGACUGCAGUUCGAUUUGUGUUCUUAAAUGUGGAC